GCACUGUGGGAUGGAAACCCUGGCGGCGCGUCGCGGCCGGAGCGGGCGGCGGCGGCGGGGCCGGCGGCGGCCGGGGAGCGGGGCUUAGACUCGGCGGCCGGCGGGGCGCGGACGGCGCCGCCAUGAACGCGGCGGUGGUGAAGCGGACGCAGGAGGCUCUGGGGAAGGUGAUUCGAAGGCCGCCGCUGACGGAGAAGCUGCUGAACAAGCCCCCGUUCCGCUACCUGCACGACAUCAUCACAGAGGUGAUUCGGAUGACCGGUUUCAUGAAGGGCCUCUACACGGAUGCGGAGAUGAAGUCCGACAACGUUAAGGAUAAAGAUGCAAAAAUUAGCUUCCUCCAGAAGGCCAUAGACGUGGUGGUGCUGGUCUCCGGAGAGCCGCUGUCGGCGAAACCGGCCCGGAUCGUGGCCGGGCACGAGCCUGAGAAAACCAACGAGCUUCUCCAGAGACUCGGAAAGUGCUGUCUCAGCAAGCUCUCCAGUGAGGACGCCGUGAAGAGAGUGUUGGCCGGAGAGAAGGGGGACGUGAAAGGAAGGCCCUCGCUGGCGGCGAACCCUCGAGGAACGGAUCAUAAGAGCAUGAGGGACGGAGAGUCCGGGGUCCCCAGAGGUAAAGAGGAGAGGAGAAGAAACUCGGAAGUCACCGCGGGAAGUACAAGCCGAGAGAGGAACCAGAAAGAAGAGCUGAGAGAAGAGAGCCCGCCGCGGGACAAGGAGCGGGACAAGGAGAAGGCCAAGGAGCGGGAGCGGGACAGACGUAAAGAGCCCGCGAGAGACACGGCCGGCGGAGGGGAGCGCGAGCGGGCCAAGAAUAGGCCCAGGCCCGGCCGGGACCGGGACGCGGAGCGGGAGCGGGAGCGGAAGGUCGAGGCGGGCAAGGAGAAGGAGCGGGGGAAAGGCCGCGAGCGGGAGCGGCGGAGGGCGAGAGACGGGGAGCACGCCCGGGACCCCGACAGGGAGAAGAGCCGCGAGCACGACAGGCCGGAGAAGUCCUCAAGCACAGGAGAGGCGUCUAAAAAGUUGUCAGAUGGAUCUUUUAAAGACUCCAAAGCCGAAACAGAGACUGAGACUUCCGCGCGAGCGUCUGGCUCAGUGACAGCAAAGACGUCGAAACGGCGAUCCAGAAAUUCGGUGGAAGAUGCUGAUUCAGCUGGUCUGUGGCGAGACAGCGCUGAGCCCGAGCCCGCAGUGAAGCAGAAAGGUGACUCCCCUAGCGAUGCAGAAGGAGAGGUCGGACCCUCUGGCCAGGACAAGUGCGAGGCGUUGGAGGACUCCCAGCCACCCAGCGAGCUCCCAGCCGCCGUCAGGAGGACACCCCGGCCUGGGAGCGCGAGGCCAGCGCCGCCCCGGGUGAGACGGCAGGAGAGCACCGAGGCGCUCCUGACGGACAGGACGGGGAGCGGGAAGGCCGUCGCACACGUGAUUGUAGAUUCGCAGAAUUCUGACACCGAGGGCGACGACGAGUUUGUGGUGGAGGCAGCACCCCAGCUCCCGGAGACGGCCGAGCUCGAGCUGGUUCAAGCAGUGGAGAUAGAAGGAGACGAGAAGCACGGAGGACUUGUCAAAAAAAUUUUGGAGACUAAGAAGGAUUAUGAGAAGUCGCAGCUGUCACCCAAACCCGGAGAAAAGGAAAGGGUGCUCGUCUUUGAGUCGGCCUGGAAGAAGGAGAAGGACCUCGCGUCCAAGGAGAUAGAGAAGCUGCGCGUGUCCAUCCAGACCCUGUGCCGCAGUGCGCUGCCCCUGGGCAACAUCAUGGACUACAUCCAGGAGGACGUGGAUGCCAUGCAGAGCGAGCUGCAGCUGUGGCACAGCGAGAACCGGCAGCACGCCGAGGCCCUGCACAAGGAGCAGAGCAUCACGGACUGCGCCGUGGAGCCCUUGAAGGCGGAGCUGGCCGAGCUGGAGCAGCUGGUCAGAGACCAGCAGGACAAGAUCCGCGCCGUGAAGGCCAGCAUCCUGAGGAACGAAGAGAAAAUCCGGAAAAUGGUGCACAGCAUCAACUUGAGUUCCCGACGGUGAAGGCACACGACGCCGAGGACUGAACGUCGCUGUCCUCGGUGUGCGAGUAAAGCGGAGAAGAUAGGACGGCGUUUCCCCUGAGGUUUCGGGUUGGAGGCAGGGAGCGGGGUUCGCUGUUAGCCCGCUGACUUUCCGCGCCUGCAGCCCAGCUUAUUCCGUGUCUGAGAAGACCGUGCCUGCCCACCUUCCUCUGGCUAGCGUGCUUGCCAGUUAUAAAGAGCUCUGCAAAGCGCCCGUGCGAGAAGUGUCUUUACGGGCCUGUCCUGGUAUUUCUGCGGCAGGCUGCUCUGUUCGGUUCUGUGCCGGGUCCUCUGGCGGGAAGCCCAGGGCGUAGGAGACCUUGACCUUGGACUCAGCCCAGGGAGGGCUCCUCUGCUGAGCGAAGGAGGCUGCACCUCCUGACGAGCACUUGCCAGGGAGGCCCGAAGAGGAACCCGUUGCAUUUUCAGCUCAUUUCCACUUGGAAAGGCUUCGGUUCCGCUCACGUCCUUAGAAGGUGCCUGUGGCCUUCUGUUUUCAGCCUCUUGGGAGCUGCAUGCGCUGCUUCGUGUAAUUUUCCUCUGGGUCUCUGCUCGCUCUGGCUUGUAUUUCCAGCCCUGGCAGUUCACACACUUGGCAGGGAGCCCUCGGAGUGGCUUUCACGGCUGUCGUCUGCACGGGAGCUCGUCACAGGCCGUAGCCUCACUCUCCCCAGCAUUUACCCUGGCCUCCCCCACGCACCUCCCAGCAUAGCUGGAGGGAGUCCUCGGCCCUGCAGAUGGGGGGCUGCUCGCCACCUGUUCCUUCCCACAGGCGCACACCUGUGCCCCGAGAGGCCGGGAGCUUGGGGGAAACUGCAAAAGGAAGAUUGUAGCGGGGGCGGGUUUACUGAAGGUGUUGAUGUUACCAUUUUUUAAAUUGUUUUUAAAAGCAGAAGGUUUUUUUUUAAAGCAUCGUUUACGUGUAGUUUUCACCACAUGUGCUGUUGUAAAUGCUAAGGCCUGAGGUUUGCGGGUGAAGACUCCCCUGCCUGGAGACAGGGGUCCUCAGGUCUGGGACCUGACCCUUUGCCUCUAGAUACCGCGUGUACCGCGCAAGCCAAGGAAUUGCCUGAGGAAGCUUUGUUUCUUUAAAAGGUCAGCACAAAGGGCACAGGUAAGGUUUUCUUAGGGUAAUUUCCAAGCUGGACCUGUUACAGGGAGGUCGUGUGAUUUUCUGAGCUGAGUUCAAGAUCAGCUUAUUAAGAUCUGGCAUCUUGAAACACCGGUCCUUUCCCCGCUCUGCACGGCGCCUGGGAUUCUGUUGGAUCAGAUGGCCCGACACCUGUCGUUGGGGGAGGGGAGGCGCGUCCGCUCCCGGCCUUCCCUCGCGUGUCCGUCCUCGGUCCCUGCGACGCGGCCGCAACCCCACGUGGGCCCUGUCUUGCCCCAGGUGAAGCUGUCUGCCUUUUCUCAGUCUGUACAGAAGAGUAGAGUUUUUGUGGCAAAAGAGUGCAGACCUUGUAUGCGAGUAAAAUUUUGUAUGAAGUAGUUGAUCAAAUUGUAUCAUAAAAUUUAUUUUUCUUUUAUACAUAAAUCAUUACAAAUAAUCACCUAUUUUUCUAUAAGUGCAUGGGUUGCAAGUUCGGUUCACACCUGGAAAAAGCAUUUAUAAGCGUUUGGAUUGUUUAAAUGUUAAAGUGUGUGCGGUUUGUUUUUCACUGAAGCAAGUUCAGGGAACUGUAUCUUUUCAUUCAUAUUGUGACAGCACUUUUCUGUAUAAAUGGAAGUUCCUUAGGGCAGAUAAGCAUUUAUCAGAAACUUUAAGAUCGCUCAUGAAGUUUUAGAAAGAUUCUGCAUGAAGGUAUUACUGUAUCUUUUCAAAAAUGAAUUAAAUUCCGAUGUUAUUUAUUGUUUUGAUAAAAUACACCAAUGGGAUUAUCACA